AUGCAGGAGCUUGUCAGGUUGAGACAGCAGCAGCAGUCCACUGAUAGUCAGCUGCACACAAUGGUGCAGCAACUUCAGGGGAUGGAACAGCGGCAACAGAUGAUGUCAUUCCUGGCGAAGGCUGUGAAUAGCCCUGGUUUUUUGGCACAGUUUUUACAGCAGCAGAAUGAGAGCAGCAAGCGCAUAACCGAAGGGAACAAAAAGCGGAGGCUUAAGCAGGAAAGUGUUUCAGAUGACCAUCUCGGCCCUAUGGAUAGACAGAUUGUUAAGUACCAGCCUUUGAUGAAUGAGGCAGCCAAUGCAAUGCUUAGGCAGAUCAUAAAAGUGGAUGCUCAGCAUAUGGAACACCUUACAGAACAGAUGGGGUUUCUUGCAGCGGAAACCAGAAAAGUCUGA